AUGAUCUACCAUCAGCUGCGCCAAAUCACGGGCAAGUUCAGAGCGCGAUGUGGAACGCUGAUUCACAUGAGGAUCCCCAAUCUGCUCCUGCUCCUUUCCCACGCGCCACUCCACCGUCCCAUCGGCAACAACAAGAUCCCAAUCAUGAUCUUCGCCAGCAUACCACCAAUUUUCCACAACUCUCAUUACAACACCCAGGCUAUCGUUCCUCGCGUACACCCACCCUCCGCCGAGUACCUGUACAGUCCUCACUCCGCAACCAAAAUCAAUCGCGCUGCCACAACUGCAAACCACGAUGUACCAGCUGUUGUCCGAGCGGGAGGCUACAGCCACUAUCCCGCCUACUCGCCCUUACCACCAGCCAACCCGCACGCCCUGCCACGACCGCACAACCGCUCGUCGUCUGUAGCCACGUACGCAUCAACGCCAACACUCCAACAGUCCAGCCCCCUCCCUACCAAUAAUUCCAACAUCCCUCAACUGCCAGAACAUGCAGAGUUCAGCCCGCCCUUUGCGCACUUCUCUCCCGGCUCGCUGAGUAACAGCAGCAUCGAAACCUUUGCCAAUCCAAACAAUCCGACAGGCCCUCCGCUGAGCAAACACGACGCGAAUAUUGAAGGGCUGAAGCAGCGCAUCAUGGCGCCGUGCCGCAGCUGGAAAGUCAAAGUUGCCAGGAUUCUGAAGCGCGUGAAAAGCUCGCUUGCCAUACUGUGA